AUGCGUUUGCCUACUUUAUCUUCUCUUGGACUUUUCGUUCUCGCGACAGCUCAAUUUGUUUCAGCUCAACAAGCUGAAGAUUCUCAAAUUGAUGCUUAUACUCCUCAAGCUUAUUCUGAUUAUUACCUUUCUGCAUUUGGUGAUGAAGAAGAACCUGAAGCCGAAUUUGAACUUGUUGAAGGUCAUGUCGACAUCCCUGAAACUCCAGUUGAAUUGAUCAAGCGUGCUGAAUGUACCAAAUAUCAUACUGUCAGUGGAAACGAUAAUUGCAUCAAUCUCAGUAAAAAAUACGGUAUCAAGUUGGAUCAAUUUUACUCAUGGAAUCCUCAAGUUAACAACAAGUGUACCAAUUUGAACAAUGGAAAGAAGUACUGUGUUGCCACUGGAUCUGGCUCCAAAGUAUCCUCCAACAAGAGCAGCCAAAAGAAGAAAUCUAGCAGCAAGCGUCCCUCCACCAGCAAAAGUUCCUCUGGCAAGAAGGAAAAACGCAAGCUUCUUCAAAGCAACACGGCUUUCACCUACUACUGGAUUGCCACGCCCGAUUCAUACAAAUCUGGAGGCAAAUCUGUGACCAUCAAGACCUGUAGUGGCAAAUCCCUUGGCAAAGUAUCUGAAAACUAUGGUGAUGCCCUUGUGAUGGAAGGUACUGGUGUGUUGGGAUCCAAGAUUGUCAACCUCGGUGGAUGUUCUUGCUCCAAUUACAAGUGUUUCGAAGAAGUUGACAAGCAUGAUGAUCCUUAUGGUUUGACUGCCGGUGGUUCUCCUCUUCGACCCUAUGUUACCAUUGCUGCCAAUGAUUUCAAGCGUGGCACCAAAAUCUAUGUCCCUCAACUCGUUGGUUGGUCUCUCCCUGGUACUAGUAAGAAACACAAUGGCUGUCUACUUGUUGAUGAUCAAUCCUGGUCCUUUGGUAGUCAUCACAUUGACUUUUACAUUUACAAGCAAAAGAAUUAUAAAACUUUGGAUAAGCAACAUCGUAUUACCAAGGUCGAUAUCUAUGAUGGUGGCAGCUGUACUCUUCUCAACUACCUUUAA